UGAGCUCUGCAUUUUAAACGAACUCAGUCGUUUAUUUUACAAGAUAAUUUCUUGAAAUUUAACUAUUGUUUAUGAUUUCCAAGUGUGUAGCUUUGAAUUUGGGGAAUUUAUAAGCUCGGAAAUUCCAAGGAUCAGAUACUGGAGCUAGGAGCUGUCUUGCUGAAGGAUUUCAUUUAUGAACGAGUCCGCCGCCACGGAGACUGCAGCGCCGUGGUGACCCGGGCCCAGCUGGGCGGUGGUGAGCUGUGCGAUGCCAACCAAAAGAAGCUCGCCCAGUGCCUGCAGCAGAUUGGAGACGAGUUGGACGGCAAUGUGGAGCUCCAAAGGAUGAUCGAGAACUCCUCACUCCAGCCCACCAAGGAAGUGUUUAUGAAAGUGGCCAUUGAAAUCUUCUCGGAUAGAAAGUUCAACUGGGGCCGAGUGGUCGCUCUCUUCUAUUUUGCCUGUCGACUCGUCAUUAAAGCUCUCCUGACACACAUUCCUGACAUCAUCCGAACUAUCAUCAGUUGGACCAUCGACUACCUCCGUGACAAUGUUCUCAACUGGAUCAGGGAGCAAGGUGGCUGGGAGGGUAUUCGCUCUUACUUCGGUACUCCUACAUGGCAAAUGGUGGCUGUCGUCUUGGCGGCCGUUCUCACCACCGUGUAUGUGACUCGUAAAAUGUGAGCGGUCGGGGCGAAAGCUGGGCGUGAAAGGGGGGGGUUUAUUUGGGUGGUUUGAGCGAGCGGACCUGGCAGGAAGCGGGGGAAGGAGACAACGAAGCGGCCGAGAUGAACAAAGAACUUGAAUGUGCACGUGAAGAGGACCUCUUCAUCUCCUGUGUGCUUUUUCGUGACGACUGACUGUGGCGCUGUCGCCCCCGAUUUUUUUAUCCCCCCCUCACCAUGUUGCGUUGGAGGUAGGAGGGUGACUGCCAUACUCUUGAGAGAGGGAAUGCAUUUUAAUAAGUAAUUUAUUUUUUACUUAGCACAGGUACAAGAAAGUCACUGCGUUUUUGUUUUCUUCUGUAAUUGACGAUGUUGACUAUCUUCUGCAUUCGGAAUGCUUCUUCCUCUCUGCUGGAUUGGGUCACUGAGCUGAUAAAAAACAGUUUAGCGGCCAUCUUGGUUUUUUACCACUCGUAUCCGAAGCAAUAUGUGCGCAAAUCACAUGCUUAACAGACCCCUUAACUUGUUUUUUUUUGAAAAUAUUUAUGUAACGUUUAGUCAUACGUGACCGUUUGGCCGUUUGCCGACUUGACCAGCAUUUGUAAUAAACACCAAAAUGUUGGCUUACCUCAACUCAUAACUGUGUUUUGGACAUUCAGUACUGUAGUAACGAUUUGUACGCCAGUCACUCUUUACAAACGUUUGACGCAGUAAAUGACGUUUAUAUUGUAGCCUAUACAUGUUUGAGUGCCUUUUGUUGGUUUCUUUUUUUUUUUUUUUUACAAUGAAAUUUUUUUCACAUUUUUCUAUCACAUUUCUAAAAGUUUGUUUCAAGUGUUCUGGAUCGACCAAAAAAAAAAAAAAAAUUUGCAGUGCAUUUGUAUGUUGUAAUACGGAGAAUAAACAUUUAAACAUA